AUGCUCCGCCAUACGAAACGAGCACUGGCAGAGGUGGAGGGUUUUGACAUUUGGAAAGAAUUUCCUCGGAAGGUCCGGUAUCACCUGCUCGGUCAUCUCUCCAGUAUACCAACACCGGAAUGUGAGGUCUUCAACUCGAACGAACUUCUGCAACAACGCAAGGUGCUCGUGAUUCUCCGCGUCUCCGCUUUUCCGGUAAACGACGAGUUUUCGAACGUAAGGCGCAAAUCCCGGGAACUGUUCAAGACGGCAUUCGAGAAGCGCCCACUCUGGUCCAGAUUCGACGAAGAGCGUGCGGAAUCGAUUAGUACGUGCCGUAUGGAGCCAGUCAUUGCACGUCAAGCUACAGCCUGA